AGGGGUGUAUCCGUGUAUGAAUACAUUGUAUUUGGCGUCUACUUCUGCAGUUCGAAUAAAGAGAACGUUGUGCUCGUGAGCAUUCUGUCCAGCAACACCCACUUCCCUCAACUUCCCCUCCCACAACCCAAGAGAUAUAAUAAUUCAUUCAGAGAGAUAGAGAGGGAGUUGUUGUUGCAAGAGGAGGAAGAAUGACGGCCGGCGGAUCAUCGGGGAGGUUGCCGACGUGGAAGGAGAGAGAGAACAACAAGAGGAGAGAGAGGAGAAGAAGAGCCAUAGCAGCCAAGAUCUAUACGGGUCUACGUGCUCAGGGUAACUAUAAGCUUCCAAAGCACUGCGACAACAACGAGGUCUUGAAGGCUCUCUGUGCUGAAGCUGGUUGGGUUGUCGAAGAAGAUGGCACCACCUAUCGCAAGGGAUGCAAGCCACCCCCGACUGAGCUUGCAGGCAGUUUAAGGAACAUCAGUGCAUGUUCAUCUCUCCUACCAAGCCCUCAAUCUUCAUCCUUCCCUAGUCCAAUACCUUCUUACCAUGCCAGCCCAACAUCAUCCUCAUUCCCAAGCCCCACUCGUUAUGAUGGAAACCCCUCGUCAUACAUCAUCCCUUUCCUACACAACUUAGCCUCCAUUCCAUCUUCACUGCCCCCUCUUCGUAUAUCAAACAGUGCCCCAGUUACCCCUCCACUUUCUUCACCUACCUCCAGAAACUCUAAGCGAAAACCCGAUUGGGAAUCCCUUUGCAGAGGCUCAUUGCAUUCUUUCCACCACCCUUUUUUAGCUGCCUCUGCCCCAGCUAGUCCUACUCGCCGCCAACAAUUUACACCUGCCACAAUUCCAGAAUGUGAUGAGUCCGAUGGCGAUGUGUCCACCAUUGAUUCAAUUCGCUGGGUCAGUUUCCCAACAGUUGCACCUCCUGUUGCUCCAGCUUCGCCUACAUUUAAUCUUGUAAAACCUGUGGCGCAGCAGAGUUACCUGCAGGAUGCAGUUGAUGGCCAUGGAGACCUUAACUGGGGAGCAACCCCACAAAGGGGUCGGGGCUCUGAAUUUGAGUUUGAGAGUGGCACAGUGAAAGCAUGGGAGGGUGAAAGAAUACAUGAAGUUGGGGUGGAUGAUCUUGAGCUUACACUUGGGAGUGGGAAGGUCCGUAGUUAAGCUUCUUCCAUUGAUAUAGUUAGACAUGGAACAUUCAAAUUCUGAAAAUUGUUCCGUGGUACUUUUCAAUGGUCGCUCGUAUUGAGUGACUUGAGCACAGCAAAUUUAUGGGGUUUCCUAUGAUUUCUACUACUCUCUGGGAGACACCCUGCUUUCAAAAAUGGUGCAUUCUAUCUCUUCCUUCAAUUGUACAGCUUUCCCUCUCAUGGAGCCAUGGCAGGAACUAAAAGCAACGACUCUCAGUUGGUAAACAGCAGAUUUUGAAGGCCUGCUAUAUCACAAGGACUGCAGUUCUCAGUCUUCAUGGCAUAGGGAAGACCGAAGCGAGUAUUAGAUUUCCCCCUCCCCUGUUUUAUGUUUAAAUCUUUUAUUUGAAUGCUUCAUUGAUCAGGGGCCUUGUUUUAGUCUGUCAUUCCGGUGGUCUCACAAGACUUCAAUGAUUGAAGUUGUGUGCUUUUCUUCUUAUCAUAUAAGAUUUUCCUUCUAUUGUAGACAAUGUGAAGCAGCACAAACUCAAACCAUUCGUAGUGAAUUUAAUGGUUUAUCAAUGGAUCUUUCUUUC